AUGAAAGAUAAAAACACUCCAUGCUGUGAAUCUGAGUGGUGGGUUAAUCUUGUGAUAUCUUUUGCCCUUGUUGCAUUUGCUAGCAUCACAUCUGGUCUUAGUUUAGGACUCUUGUCACACAGCAAAGUUGAUCUUGAAGUUCUCAUAAAGUCUGGUGUGCCUCGAGAGCAAAAGAAUGCUGCAAAAGUUUUGCCUAUUGUCAAGAAUGAAAUCUUACUCUUGUGUACUCUGUUCAUUGCAAAAUCGCUAACAAUGGAGGCUCUUCCCAUAUUCAUGGAUAGAAUACUCCCAUUUUGGAGUGCUAUACUGGUCUCGAUGACUUUUGUAGUGGCUUUUGUGGAGGUGAUCCCUCAAGCUAUAUGCUCAAGAUAUGGACUACUAUCUUACCCAGUUCGUAAGGUACUAGACUGGCUUCUCGGAAAAAACCAUUCUGCAAUUCUAAGAAGGGCAGAGCUAAAGACAUAUGUAGACUUGCAUGGAAUUAAGGCAGGGAAAGGUGGAGAUCUUACAGAUGAUGAAACAACUAUUAUAGCUGGAGCAAUGAACAUGACACAGAAGACUGCCAAAGAUGCUAUGACACCAAUGUCUCGAACUUUUUCACUCGACAUAAAUUCUAAACUUGAAUUGCAGACAAUGGGGAUGGUUGCGAGCAAGGGACAUAGUCGUGUACCUAUUUACUCGGAUGAUCCAGCAAAUAUAAUUGGCCUCAUUUUGGUAAAAAGCUUGAUCUUCUAUCAUCCUGAAGAUGAAACACCCAUCAGAGACAUGACUAUCAGGAGAAUUCUCAGGGUAUAUGACAAUUGGCCACUGUAUGAUGUACUAAAGCUUUUUCAAAAGGAUUCAGAACCUACAGAAACAGAUGGAAUAGGAAUUAAUCCUCCAUUAGGUGAAAAAGAGCUUCUAAAUAACUCCUCUGUUUAUCAUGGAGAUGGUGAAAUUCAAUCUGAUUCGUUGUAUGACGGGAUGAAGGAAUCAGAUCUCUCUCUGUUUUUAAAUAAAUGGGAGCAAGAUUGUGGACAAAUUUCAAAUGAAGAGUUGGAAUCUCUUAAAGGUAAAUACAUAAGAUGA